GUUGCGCAGUUUCAUUCUCAAAACGUCACUGUUUGCUUAGCACACAAUCAUCUGAGGAUUUCGAAAGAAAUAGGCUAGAAAGGUCUAUUCAUCCAAGUUCAAGGUUAACUGAAAGCAAAAGACGCUGAACGUGUGACAAAAUAUCACUGCUGAAACAACACAGACAAGACAUUUAACCAAGGCGUUGGCAUUGAAGGUUCCAGAAAUCUCAAGUUCAAGAUUGACGAGCCAGACGAUCGUAUCAUGUUGUGGGUAAAGGAGUCAAAUAAGAAGAACGCAUUAUAUGUGGAUGUAUUUGCGUUAAAAUCUCGUAGUGCCUUGAAUAUGGUAUUUUCCGAGGCACGACUGGGCGUGGAGAUGGCAAAUACAUCGUUUGAGAAGAGUGAUGAAAUAUCGCUUGAACGACGAACGGAAGGAAACAAAUGGUUUGGAAGAAAAGAUUGGCGCUCAGCGAUUGGGUUGUACAACGAUAGCCUAUGUUAUGCUGAACAAGGAUCGGAGAACUUUGGUUUGGCGUAUGCAAAUCGGUCGGCAUGUUUUCUGAAGAUGAAACGAUAUGCAGAAUGUCUCGUUGAUAUCGAGCUAGCUCGAAAAGCCGAAUAUCCAUCUCAUUUGAUGCCAAAACUGAAGAAACGUGAAGCCGAUUGCUUAAAACUUAUCGAAGAAGGUGCACAAGAGCUUGAUGAUCGGUUAAAGUUGAGUUUCGAGCCAGACACGAAGUUUCCAUGCUUGGCAAACGUAUUGCAAAUCGAACAAAACGCCAAAGGAGGUCCAAUCAUGGUUGCCAAAGAGGAUAUUGACGUUGGUAAGACAAUUGUGGUGGAAAAAUCGUUCAACGCAUCAUUGUACACGAAGUUCGGAUGGAGGUGCAAUAUUUGCUUGAAGGAAAACGCCGCCAAUUUAGUUCCAUGCACCAAAUGCAAUGUGGUUCUGUUCCGAAAAAUGCCAAUCCAGCCCACUUCACGGCUAUGACUGCGGCCGAAGGUUCUGUAAAAAGACUCAAACGAAUGGUGUGAUCAUGGCCGAGGUACGAACUCUAUGCAAAGCUAUCAACAUAUUUCCAGACAUUGAUGAGCUGAUGACAUUCGUCGAGCAAGCCGUUCGAAGCGAUCCCAACGAAAUUCCAGACACAUUUUCAAAUGAAAAAUCCAAAUAUCGCGCAUUUCUCAAACUGCCAUACUAUUCGGCCUCAUCAAAUACAGCCGACUUUUGGUUUCUCACGUUCAGCGCUUAUAGGAUGCUAAUGGAUAUUCCGGAAAUCAGGGAAAAAUUCAGCUCGAAGAAGCACAACCGUUUCCUCAUGCAUCUCGUUAUGCAUCAUGCUCGGGCUGCGAGCAGAAAUACGAUUCGCAUCAGGCACUUGACGCUGGAACCAGUUCCAGAUCCAACAGAACGGCGCGAUGUGUGCAUUCACACCGGGCUUAUAAAGCGAUACUUUUCGCAUUCGUGUGCGCCAAAUGUAACGCACGUUGAUCGAGAUGGCCAUUCGGUGUUUAUUACGGUUCGUCCGCUGAAAAAGGGUGAUCAACUGUUUUCCACGGUCUUCAAUUGUAUGACGGAGUCUAAAGAAAAACGCCAAAAAUUGCUGUGGGAACACAACAAUUUUCUAUGCGAAUGCACAUUGUGUACUGGUCCAAUGGCAACGUCGCAGCAACGCAAACAAAUGUUGGCGGAUCCACUCUAUCAGAACUAUUUGAAGGGCAAGGCAACAGGUGAAGCCGUUCUGCAAAAAUACGGCCAUGGUCCAUUGUGCGAGGAAGUCUUGAAUGUGCUCAAUCGCUAUUGCUCUGAUGUACAAUUCCGAUAUGUUGGACCAGUAAAUUUACGUGCUUGGUCCGAAAUUGUUGCCGACAGUAUGGAUAAUCAGUGAAUCGGACGAAACGAAACAUUCAAGCACAUUCAAGACAAUUGACCUAGAGAAUUAUCUUUCUUUAUUUCAUAAUUUUUUUCCGUUUAUUUUUAAAUUUCGACAGUUCUUAAAUAUUUUCCCACAUUUCAUGUCAAUGUCAGGAACAAACAGAUAUUUCAUAUAAUAUUCAAAAUAGAGUAAGAAUUUAUGUAGCAAGGUUGAUACGCAACGAAUCAAUCGAUUUGGCCCUUAUCUAUAAAUUCGCAACAAUAUUUCACAA